GCCGAGCAGGGACGGUGACAGCCACGCGCGCACGUGCCCGCCCGGCUGCCGCGCGGCCCUGAGCCCGGUGCCGGCCGCCGAGAGGCGCGCGGGGUGUGGGCGGGCGCCGUCUGGGGGCCCGGCCCCCGGGCGUCUCCUGCGUCCCAGGCUCGAGUCCCGGAGCGCCGGGCCGUGCCCGCCCCGUCGGUCCCCGCUCCGAUUCUUCCCAGUGACCAUCAGGACCCGCCCCCCCUACCUUGGCGCGGUGUCCUCGCGGCCCAUGCUGGCCGAUGGGGGCCCGCGGCGCCUAGACAGGUAUCGGGCGGGCCGGCCACCAUGGUGGCCCUGAGGCCUCUGCGGCUCCUUCAGGGGGGCUAAGAAGCACAGAGCGCAGGCCUCGGACGUGCGGGUCCCCGGCCUGACCCCGCGCCAUGGCCGGAGCCAUCGCUUCCCGCAUGAGCUUCAGCUCGCUGAAGAGGAAGCAGCCCAAGACGUUCACCGUGAGGAUCGUCACCAUGGACGCCGAGAUGGAGUUCAAUUGCGAGAUGAAGUGGAAAGGGAAGGACCUAUUUGAUUUGGUGUGCCGGACUCUGGGGCUUCGGGAAACCUGGUUCUUUGGACUGCAGUACACAAUCAAGGACACCGUGGCCUGGCUCAAAAUGGACAAGAAGGUGCUGGACCAUGAUGUUUCAAAGGAAGAGCCAGUCACCUUUCAUUUCCUUGCCAAAUUUUAUCCUGAGAAUGCUGAGGAGGAGCUGGUUCAGGAGAUCACGCAACAUUUAUUCUUCUUGCAGGUAAAGAAGCAGAUUUUAGAUGAAAAGAUCUACUGCCCUCCUGAGGCUUCUGUGCUGCUGGCUUCUUAUGCUGUCCAGGCCAAGUAUGGUGACUACGACCCUUCUGUUCACAAGCGGGGAUUUUUGGGCCAAGAAGAAUUGCUUCCCAAAAGGGUAAUAAAUCUGUAUCAAAUGACUCCAGAAAUGUGGGAGGAGAGAAUUACUGCCUGGUAUGCAGAGCACCGAGGCCGAGCCAGGGACGAAGCUGAAAUGGAAUAUUUGAAGAUAGCUCAGGACCUGGAGAUGUAUGGUGUGAACUACUUUGCCAUCAGGAAUAAAAAGGGCACAGAGCUUCUCCUUGGAGUGGAUGCUCUGGGGCUUCACAUCUAUGAUCCUGAGAACAGACUGACCCCCAAGAUCUCCUUCCCGUGGAAUGAAAUCCGAAACAUCUCGUACAGUGACAAAGAGUUUACUAUUAAACCACUGGAUAAGAAAAUUGAUGUCUUCAAAUUUAACUCCUCAAAGCUUCGGGUUAAUAAGCUGAUUCUCCAGCUAUGUAUUGGAAACCAUGAUCUUUUUAUGAGGAGAAGGAAGGCUGAUUCUUUGGAAGUUCAGCAGAUGAAAGCCCAGGCCAGGGAGGAGAAGGCUCGAAAACAGAUGGAGCGGCAGCGCCUCGCUCGAGAGAAGCAGAUGAGGGAGGAGGCUGAACGCACCAGGGAUGAGUUGGAGAGGAGGCUGCUGCAGAUGAAAGAAGAAGCAACGAUGGCCAAUGAAGCACUGAUGAGGUCUGAAGAAACGGCUGACCUCUUGGCAGAAAAGGCCCAAAUCACUGAGGAGGAGGCAAAACUUCUGGCUCAGAAGGCUGCAGAGGCCGAACAGGAAAUGCAGCGCAUCAAGGCCACAGCCAUUCGGACAGAGGAAGAGAAGCGCCUGAUGGAGCAGAAGGUGCUGGAAGCCGAGGUGCUGGCACUGAAGAUGGCUGAGGAAUCAGAGAGGAGGGCCAAGGAAGCAGAUCAGCUAAAGCAGGACCUGCAGGAAGCCCGUGAAGCAGAGCGAAGAGCCAAGCAAAAGCUCCUGGAAAUCACUACCAAGCCCACAUACCCGCCCAUGAACCCGAUUCCAGCACCGUUGCCUCCUGACAUACCAAGCUUCAACCUCAUUGGAGACACCCUGUCUUUCGACUUCAAGGAUACUGACAUGAAGCGACUUUCCAUGGAGAUAGAAAAAGAAAAAGUGGAGUACAUGGAGAAGAGCAAGCACCUGCAGGAACAACUCAAUGAACUCAAGACAGAGAUCGAGGCCUUAAAACUCAAAGAGAGGGAGACAGCCCUGGAUAUUCUGCACAAUGAGAACUCUGACCGGGGUGGCACCAGCAGCAAGCACAAUACCAUUAAAAAGCUCACCUUGCAGAGUGCCAAGUCCCGAGUGGCCUUCUUUGAAGAGCUCUAGCAGGUGACCCAGCCACCCCAGGAUCUGCCACUUCUGCUGCUCCCUGCACCGGCGGGAUGGGUCAGACAACACGGGAGCCAUCUGUAGUUGAGCUGUCUGGGAGCUUCCGUGGGAGCUCUGGAACUUUCCCCAGCUGAGUGGAGAGCCCAGCCCCCUUCUUGUGCAAUUGCCUUGAACCUUGACCCUGCAGAGCUCUCUCUCACAGGGUUUGAGUUCUCCUCACCCGAGUCUUUAAAUUUUUUGAGAAGUAUUUGUCUUUCCUUG